AUGAGACCAGUCGCCGUAUUCGUACUUCCUGCAUUGAGUUCAGAUUACUCCAAUCCGGUCGAUUCAUUNUCCAAUCCGGUCGAUUCAUUAACGGGGCCACCAAUUGCAAUCACCCUCUCACCGGAUUUGUACAGUUCCAAUGUUUCCUCGUUUGUCAAUCACCUUCAGCAAAAAUUCCGUACUGCACACCAGCAGACAUUUUGUUCCCAUCCUUCCCUGAAUCAAGCCACCUUACUGAUUAAUGUGGGCAGCGAGAUCGGGCACCAGGUGAACGUAGCCCAUCUGCGUGUGGCGAUAUCUACUAUUCUUCAUCCAUUCACUCAAUUGUUACUUGUACGACCUACCAGUGUUGUGGAAUACGCAGCCUUAGAGAAGCUGUGUGACUUUGAAUUAGCUGUUUCCAGUCAGGUUCCUCUGCCCGGACAAAGACUGCGUGAUCUUCCCUGGGAUGAUGCGAUUCCUUUAACCCGAGGUAUUUCGGACGAAUGGACCGUUCAACAGUUAUCCCGCCUCGUCUACGGUUCCGUCGGGGUUGGAUGUGAACCACUGGUCAUCUUAGUCCGACGUUCUCCAUCACCUGCUGGACAGUCACAUGCUCGAGACAUACCAACCACAUGGGAAAAUCAGGCGAAUGUAUUAAAUCUAUCUAAUUGUCCGUUCGAUUCACUUGAAUCCAAUUUUCUUUCUGUUUUAUUUGACUCUGGUGUAAUUCGCUCGCUUGCAGAUUGUUUACUUAAUCUAUUUCACUCGCAGAAUGUUGUCUCCCGAUCCGAAAAACCGUCAUCUUCCAAUUCCACGCCAUCUGCUGCAAUCAAGCUAAUAGGGCUAACUGCAAAACCCGAUGGAGAUAAGUCUUCCCCGACUGGAAGGACAGUCCUCGAGCAGUGGCUCGACUGUUUGUCUAAAGCGUAUGGCAUACAACCAUCUCUAGAUUUCCCCGAAUUUAGCCCUAUUCCCCGGCUGUCUGAAAAUCACAAGCCUGAUCGAGAUCCCGUGUUUUCCGAGAACACACAUGUUCAAAAAGUCCCCAUGUGCAGUAUGCUCGUCUAUUGGCUUUUCCUCAGACUGGAUUACUAUGCAAAGUCGUUAUUGGAUGUGGUCAACCGUUCGGUUCAGUUGGCAAACCGAUCACACCGUGCAGUCCAUUCCAGUACCCAAUCUUCAUCUGACAUAUCCAUCGCAUUUCUGGCUGAUUUGAUAAAGUCUGCUCUGAGAUUGGCCCAGCCCAGACCGUUACAACAAAUGUGUCGAGUUUCGGACUUGGCUGAUUAUCCGUCAGAUGCCACUUCCAGUAACACGACAACAGCAAUAACGAAAGCUCAACAGGCUGAUAUUACCGAAAACUGGUCUAUACGAUCUCUACCAUUCCGGGCGUUAUGUCAGCUCUAUGCUCGAUGCAUGAAAGAUCAACCCCAGUCCGUUUCAUCGUUGAUCAAAAACCAUAUGGAAAACGGAGUUUUAGAUUUGAUAUUGUCUUUCCUGUGUUUAGUAGUAUUACGAUUAGUCCGUUCACCAAACUCGUCCAUAUUGCAGUCGGAGCAAAUCAACCUGAUUUUGGCAGCUCGAAUGGAACUUUCUCAAGAACUGACCGCUUUGACGCGUGCAGCAAAUGAAAAAAUGAAUGCGGACAGUCCCAUUAACCCGCCGUCUCACAUGGCUAAGGGGACCGGAUUUGCGUUCGGGAGCUCUGAAAGUCGAUGGAACACAGAGAUGGUUCGAAUCAAAAUCGCACGAGAAGAUAGUGAUGCAACUAUGUUGCUUCAUGCGUUGAUCGCAUUUUUGAAAACAUUCAUUUGCCGACCAUCAUGGGAAAGUCCGGAACCCGGAUUAGUUGAACAUUGUGCGCUAUUGCACACGGUUUCUCAUACGCUCGCUCGAUACGAUUUGGUGCGUAUGUUGAUCGCCUAUUUGCGAAAUGAUUCCGCAAUGGAUUUGGACAGCCGUGUCCCGCUCUAUCGCACUGUACUUCUACUACUUCGUGUGAUUGUUCACGUGCCUGCGCUGCACUGGAUUUUGGUGACCGGAUCCACUUAUACAGAGUCAGAACUGCAAACUAGCAUUGCAGAAUGCGCUCGCAUCGAUAUGGACUGGUUAACUCGUACGACCGGUUUAACCGAGGACAAAGAACUCAGUCCGAGUCAGACUACACUGCCCGAUAGCCUCCCUCGGGAUUGUCCAGCGCGUUUGGUACAUCAAAUUCUUCAAUUGAUGUCUGUCUACGACUCGCAGCUCAGCAAACUGGGACUGAAAAAGCAUGCUGAUCAGCCGUCCACGGCGGCUAUGCCUCGCCCAAGCACAAGUGGUGAGUCGCGAUGCACACUAGUGCGACAAAAAUCAUUUCGCUAUCGAAGAUACAACCGGAGAGUCUUGAAACAAAAUACGGUCCCUGUCAUUGAAGCAAACGAAUCAAUAGAUCCAGAAACCGAUAUGGUUGAAAUGACUAUUCCAACCGAGUUAACGGAACUGGGAUUGUGGUCCUUGGUCUCUGACGAUGAAAUAAUCCAGGAAAUGGGGGAUCGAGAUCCAACAGAAGAGGUUGAAUCAAAGACUGAUGCGGAUGAUUUAGCCGAGUCGAACACAGAUCACGCAACAUCAACCACUCCACUUCAUCAGGAACCAGUAGUUGAUGAACACACUGAAGAUUUGGAACAAGCGGAACGUAAUCCAAGCGGUUCGGAAGAAUACGUACCCGAUAUCCCGUUUGCAGAUUCAGCAACACUGAAUGUUUCCGGUCAAGAUCGGCCCGUUACUGACCAGGGGAACUCUCGGCAAAAAGAAGAACAACUUCACACAUUGUUGGCUGAGUUGCGCGUUACUGUCAAACUUGUUGGUUGGGCUGUGAAUGCUACGUAUAAUCGGAUCCAUGGCAGCUCUUCUCUUGCCCGCAUAUUGCCCACCGAUGCGUCAAUUCCGAACGGUUCAACUGAUCACGGCACUGCAAAGGAACAUCCAGACACAGCUGCCGAGUUUGCUCAGGUCUAUUGCUAUCGACUUGGCCCACUGCAGUUCGGUAAGUUUGAAGUUUAUGUUGAUGGGGAACGAAGUCCCAACUUAUAUAUUCCAUCUGUCAGCUGCUAA